AUGGGCCUACUAAAAAAUCUCGACUAUCUUCAUUCGAGACCGCCUGGCAGAAAAAAGUUAACGCUACCGUUUUGUGCCUUCCAGGUCACCGACUCAUGCCCAAUAACGAUGUACAGCAACCGGAAGUCGCUGGUGGUCAAGCUGGCGCUGGCCGUGUGCAUCGUCUACGUGUGCAUCCACGUUUUGGCUAACACUGCUGCGCCCGUCAUCAGGGAGAUGCAGGAGUCCGGCAGGAGUCUGGCGGCAAUCGGGGGCGGCAACCUGGACCAGGCGGCCGCAAUGGACGCCGAGAUCAAGGAGGCGGUGCCCGUGGCGGAGACGAUUAAGGGGACGGAGGCGAGCAGAGUGGCGGUCGUCAAGGUGGAAGAGAAAGUGGUUUCAACUGAUGCUCCCAGGGAACCACCCUCAGUAUUAGAAAGGGUCAAAAAUAUUACUAAAUGCUUGGACAGACCUUUGGUGCCAAAGACCCAACAGCGCGGUGACUAUUGGGUCCUGUACAAUUACGUUAGUGCUGAAAAUACUUACAGGUGCCACGAGAGCAUCACGUACACCACGCACGCCGACUACUCCUUCAUGGACAACCUGGUGCCGCUGCUGGAGCGGUGGCGCGGCCCCGUCAGCAUCGCGCUGCACGCCCCUGGUAGCGACUUCGCCAACACCUUGGACUCCAUCGCCUAUCUAAGGGACUGCGCCUCGCCCCUGGUCAGGGAGCUGGUCACAUUCCAUGUGUACUUCAGCACCAAGCACGUGCCCAAAGAGGUUCCUAAGCCCGGCACCGUUUACAAAGACUCCUACAACUGCUCCCUGCCGCCCCCUUACUCCAACGUCUCCAGCGAGGCGAUGUACAAGGCGCAAAAGAAGCUGCUCUAUCCGGUGAACGUGGGCAGAAACGUGGCACGAGAGACUGCGCAGACGCACUUCAUAUUGCCGUCGGACAUCGAACUGUACCCCAGUCCCGACAUCAUCGAGAAGUUCCUGACAAUGGUCGCAGAGAACGGGGGGCCGAUGCUCAGCAAAAAUCCAAAAGUGUAUCCGCUGCACCUGUUCGAAGUGACCGCCAACCAGCCAGUCCCUGAUUCGAAGACAGCUUUGAAAGACAUGCUGAGCAACGGCACGGCGCUGCCCUUCCACAAGAAGCUCUGCCCGGGCUGCCACAGCGUGCCCAAGGCCAAAGAGUGGCAGACGGCGAACGAGACGGCCGGGCUGCACGUGUUCCACGUGGGAAAAAGAAGCGGCAGGUUCGUGCAUUGGGAGCCGAUUUUCAUCGGGACGCACGCGGAUCCGCUAUACGACGAACGGCUGAGUUGGGAGGGGAAGAGCGAUAAAAUGACUCAGGGGUAUGCACUAUGCGUGUUGAACUAUGACUUUCUCAUCUUGGACAACGCAUUCCUAGUCCACAAGCCAGGCAUCAAGGUGUACAAGAAAGACCCUCGACGAUCGAUGCUGGCUGCCAAAACAAAUCAGUUGAUCAAGAAGAUAAUUUUCCCGGAACUCAAGGUCCUCUAUGGCAUUAAAAAAGGCUGUGCUGUAUAA